CUGUCGUCUUCACCGAUGCCUAACUCGAGUGUGCAGUCGCAUUUCGCUGGCUCUCUGGGCCAGACCGGUCCCGAAUGGUGCGAAGGUGAGAACGACAGGGCCGCAAGUCUCUGUCGCUAUUGCGGCACCAUAGCGGGGCAAGGGAACUCUCUGCCAUUGGGUGGGGGAGACCGCGGACCGUGGCUUCUCCAUCACCCAGAUCUCGGCGGGAAACAGGACCCGGAGCUCCGGCCCUCCAUGUUCAGGCGGAUCCAGCAGGAGCGGCAUGGGCAGCAGUCGCUGCGGAAGAACUCUGUGCCAGAUCUAAGCAACGGCCUCUACCUCAGGCAAGUGAUGGCAGGCCGGGCCUCUGCGCCACCUCAGGAUUACUACCUGGACGACGGCGCCUUAUCUGGUCAGCUGCCCGACGAGGGCGGCUUUUAUAGGGAUAACCGGCACGCGCUCACCAGAUCAGCCUUGCAUUAUGGGCCUAGCUACGGUGGGGGGAGACCUACCUGGGAUCAAGGACAGGCGAGGGCCCCACCCUUCGUGCUGCCCUCCGCUUCAACGCCUAACCCCUUGCCUCCUCCCCCUCCACCGCCUCCCCUGCCUCCUCCUCCGCCACCCCCUCCCCCGCCCAUCCAUGAGCUGAGCCGUUUGUACAGGGAAGCGCUCGGAUCUAAGAUGAUCCCAGACAUCCACCGUAUUGGUGGCAGAUCUCCCUCUCCUGCGGUCUACGGCGUCCACCCCCCUCUCCCCGAUUACGCUGCUGAGUCAUUGUCUCUCUCCAGCCGCCAAGCUUAUAACAAUUUCAACAUCUCGUCCUUGGAUCCCCGCCAGCCAACUGCCAACAGGUCAGCGGUGGACUCAGCUUCUCAGGGAAUGGACGGAGCUCUCCCUCGGGCUUAUGGAGCUCUAGGCUGCCAGAGGCUGCCUUACGACCCACAUUAUGACCCCAACUCAGUCAUGAUGGCCACCGCCGCUGGAAUGACAUCCAGCCUGCCUCUUCAACACCAAAGUGCUGCAGACCCCAAGAGGAUGGUGGACCCCGCCUUCUUGGCUUUCCUGCGAGGUGAAGGCUUGGCUGAGAGCACCAUCACGCUCCUGCUGCAACACGGUUUUGAUUCCGCUGCCAUGUUGGGAAUGAUGGAGGACCACGAUGUCCGCUCGGUGGCCCCUAACAUGGCCCAGGCCCGCGUUCUGUCCCGCGUGGCGCUCGGUUGCAAGGCAGGCGGCGUGGUUACGCGCCCCCGAUCCAACAGCUUCGGCAAUCGCAACGACUACUACAUGCAGCCCCAGGGCUUAACUAUGGACUCUGGCAUGAUGCAGCAGCCCCCGCCCACCUACCAGACCGUGUCCCCCAGGGUGGGGGAGUUUCUCGGCAGAAGACCAAGCAGCGCCCCAUCCCAACACCUCCUGGAGACCACCUCCUACCCAGCAGCGCGGGCCAUGGCAACUGGAGCUCUCCCGAUCAGCUCGGGAGGAUACAGCAAUGCUGUGACUCAGGGAAGACCCUUCUCCAUGUACAAUGCCCACACCGGUCUCGCCAUGUCUGCUCUCGGACAGCCGCCUCCGCCAGCUCCGGGUGCUCCUGGUGCGGCGCCCAAAACCUUCUCCGGCUCCUAUUCUCCCAUGGAGCUGAUGAAGCGAGCAACCAACCUCCCGCCGCCGUCGCCAGUUGCGGCGCAGAGCCCCCUCCACAGCCCCCAGCUUCUUCGGAAAGGGAUCAAUGCUGCGCCCGAGAGCUCCAUGGCUCCUGUAACUUCUUCCUCCAAUCUCUACAUGCAAAACCUUAACAACAGCAAGAUGGUAGGACGUCGCACUGGUCCACCUGUCAUAGUGUCAACCAUGGCCACCACACCUGACACAAGUAUUCGGCCCCAAAUCAUGAACGGGCCGAUGCACCCGCGCCCCUUGGUGGCGCUGCUGGACGGGCGCGACUGCACCGUGGAGAUGCCCAUCCUGAAAGACUUGGCGACUGUCGCCUUCUGUGACGCGCAGUCCACGCAGGAGAUACACGAGAAGGUGCUCAACGAAGCCGUGGGAGCCAUGAUGUACCACACCAUCACCCUCACCAGGGAGGACCUGGAAAAGUUCAAAGCCCUACGGAUCAUCAUACGCAUCGGCAGCGGAUACGACAACAUCGACAUCAAGGCGGCCGGAGAGCUGGGUAUCGCGGUGUGUAACAUUCCCUCUGCAGCUGUGGAGGAGACGGCGGACUCCACCCUGUGCCACGUCCUCAACCUCUACCGGCGAAACACCUGGCUCUACCAGGCUCUCCGCGAGGGCACGCGGGUCCAGAGCGUGGAACAGAUCCGCGAGGUGGCGUCCGGCGCCGCCCGCAUCCGUGGCGAAACCCUGGGCCUCAUCGGCUUCGGUCGUUCGGGCCAGGCCGUGGCGGUGCGGGCCAAGGUCUUCGGCUUCAACGUCAUCUUCUACGACCCGUACCUGCAGGACGGCCUGGAGCGCUCGCUGGGCGUCCAGCGCGUCUACACCCUGCAGGACCUGCUCUACCAGAGCGACUGCGUCUCCCUGCACUGCAACCUGAACGAACACAACCACCACCUCAUCAACGACUUCACCAUCAAACAGAUGCGUCAGGGCGCGUUCCUGGUCAACACCGCGCGGGGGGGCCUGGUGGACGAAAAGGCCCUGGCCCAGGCUUUGAAGGAGGGCAGGAUACGCGGUGCCGCCUUGGACGUUCAUGAGACGGAGCCCUUCACUUUUGCCCAGGGUCCGCUGAAAGACGCUCCCAACCUGAUCUGCACCCCGCACACGGCCUGGUACAGCGAGCAGGCCUCUCUGGAGAUGAGGGAGGCCGCCGCCACCGAGAUCCGGAGAGCCGUCACCGGCCGCAUCCCCGACAGCCUAAGAAACUGCGUCAACAAGGAGUUCUUUGUCACCACGGCGCCGUGGGCCGUCAUGGAUCAACCGGGCGUCCACCACGAGCUCAACGGCGCCGCCUACAGAUACCCCCCGGGCGUAGUCGGAGUGGCUCCAGGGGGCAUCCCCGGGGCGUUAGAGGGCAUGGUGCCAGGUGGGCUGCCCAUCGCCCACACCCUGCCCUCUGGUACACACCCCUCCCAGGCCCCGUCGCCCAACCAGCCCUCCAAACACGGCGAGACCAGAGAGCACCUGACCGAGCAAUAGCAGCAGAAGGGAUACGAACGGCGAGCCCUCGUCCGACGCGUCGACUUUCACAACCGACCGACCAACUGGGACCAAGAGACAGCGAGACGACACGAGCGGACUGUCACCGAACUGAGGAAGCGUGCCGGGGAAUUUCUACUU